CUUUGCCCUGGGGUCAUUACAGAAUUAUGGAAGAACAGAUGGCGCAAGCUGCAAUGCAUGUAGAGGGGGAAGCGGAGGAGAGGGGAUACAAUGCAGCUAAUGGCAAUGAAGCAGAAGAAAAAAGAGAGGGAGAAAAUGAGAGGGAGGAUGAGGUAACCAAUGGCAAUGAUGCAGAAGAAAAAAGAGAGGAAGAAAGUGAGAGGGGGGAUGAAGGUGAACAAAUCAGGAUUGAAUACGAUGUGCCUGAGGAGUUCAUGCACGAAUGGGAUCCAUCAUUAGAUAAGAUAAGAUUAGAAUCAGAAGAGAGAAGGGAUAUCUUACUAGAGGCAAUGGAAAGGGCAGGAAUUGUGAUAGGAAAUGGGCUAUAUGAACGCACGGACGACAACGAGGAGCACAUUCGAGAAAUCGAAGCGAACAACGAACCUUCUACAAAGAGAUCAAGGCUCACCUAACUUCAUAAUAAAAUGGAUCUAUCUGCGCUCAACAAGAUUGCUGAGCGAGAGUUCUUGCCAAAGAAAAGAGCAACAGACAUGGAAAAAGAUCACCAGUACAUGGUGACAGCACUGAAAGAGGU